CAUGGGUGACGCACAGAUGGCCGAGUUCGGCGCCGCGGCCCCCUACCUCCGGAAAUCGGACAAGGAGCGCCUGGAGGCCCAGACCCGGAUCUUCGACAUCCGUACCGAGUGUUUCGUGCCGGACGAGAAAGAGGAGUACGUCAAGGGCAAGGUCUUGAGCCGUGAGGGCACCACGGUCAACGUGCAAACCCAGGGCGGCAAGACGGUGACAGUGAAGGAGGCCGACGUCCACCAGCAGAACCCGCCCAAGUUCGACAAGAUCGAGGACAUGGCCAUGCUCACCUUCCUGCACGAACCCGCCGUCCUCUACAACCUGAAGGAGCGCUACGCGGCCUGGAUGAUCUACACGUACUCCGGACUCUUCUGCGUGACCGUUAACCCUUACAAAUGGCUGCCGGUCUACAACUCUGAGGUCGUAGCGGCCUACCGGGGGAAGAAGCGGAGUGAAGCUCCUCCCCACAUCUUCUCUAUCUCCGACAACGCGUACCAGUACAUGUUGACGGACCGAGAAAACCAGUCUGUCCUCAUCACCGGAGAAUCCGGUGCAGGAAAGACAGUGAACACCAAGCGAGUGAUCCAGUACUUUGCCAGCAUUGCGGCCAUCGGCGACCGCAAGAAAGACGCCGCCAACUCUUCCAAGGGGACGCUGGAAGAUCAAAUCAUCCAGGCCAACCCUGCCCUGGAGGCCUUUGGCAACGCGAAGACCUUGAGGAACGACAACUCGUCCCGAUUUGGGAAAUUCAUCCGAAUACAUUUCGGGGCAACAGGAAAGUUGGCGUCUGCCGACAUAGAGACGUAUCUCCUGGAGAAGUCCCGGGUAAUUUUCCAGCUCAAAUCUGAGAGAAACUACCAUAUCUUCUACCAGAUACUGUCCAACAAGAAGCCAGAACUUCUGGACCUGCUUCUGAUUACCAACAACCCCUAUGACUACCACUACGUCUCCCAAGGAGAGGUGACGGUGGCCUCCAUUGAUGAUUCCGAAGAGCUGAUGGCUACAGAUAGUGCCUUCGAUGUUCUGGGUUUCACCCCCGAAGAGAAAGUCGGGGUGUACAAACUGACAGGCGCCAUCAUGCACUACGGCAACAUGAAAUACAAGCAGAAGCAGCGGGAGGAACAAGCUGAGCCGGAUGGGACCGAGGACGCGGAUAAAUCCGCCUACCUGAUGGGCCUGAAUUCAGCCGAUCUGGUCAAGGGACUCUGCCACCCACGGGUGAAGGUCGGCAACGAAUACGUCACCAAGGGGCAAAAUGUCCAACAGGUGUACUACUCCAUCGGGGCCCUGGCCAAGUCCGUCUAUGAGAAGAUGUUCAGCUGGAUGGUGGUCCGAAUCAACAACUCCUUGGAGACCAAACAGCCCCGGCAGUAUUUCAUUGGGGUGCUGGACAUCGCGGGGUUCGAGAUCUUCGACUUCAACAGCUUCGAGCAGCUCUGCAUCAACUUCACGAACGAGAAACUGCAGCAGUUCUUCAACCACCACAUGUUCGUGCUGGAGCAAGAAGAGUACAAGAAGGAGGGCAUCGAGUGGGUCUUCAUCGACUUCGGCAUGGACCUGCAGGCCUGCAUCGACCUCAUCGAGAAGCCACUGGGUAUCAUGUCCAUCCUGGAAGAGGAGUGCAUGUUCCCGAAAGCUUCCGACAUGACCUUCAAGGCCAAACUGUACGACAACCACCUGGGCAAGUCGAACAACUUUGGGAAGCCGCGCAACGUCAAGGGCAAGCCGGAGGCCCAUUUCUCCCUGAUGCAUUACGCCGGCACGGUGGACUACAACAUCAUGGGCUGGCUGGAGAAGAACAAGGACCCCCUCAACGAGACGGUGGUGGGGCUCUACCAGAAAUCGGCCCUCAAACUCCUGGCUACGCUCUUCUCCAGCUAUGCUGGCACCGAUGCUGGUGGAGACGGAGGGAAGGGGAAAGGUUCCAAGAAGAAAGGAUCGUCUUUCCAGACCGUCUCCGCACUUCAUCGGGAGAACCUGAACAAGCUGAUGGCCAAUCUCAAGACCACCCACCCCCAUUUUGUGCGAUGCCUCAUCCCCAAUGAAAGGAAGGCUCCAGGUGUGAUGGACAACCCCUUGGUCAUGCACCAGCUGCGCUGCAACGGGGUCCUGGAAGGGAUCCGGAUCUGCCGGAAGGGAUUCCCCAACCGGAUCCUCUACGGGGACUUCAGGCAAAGGUACCGCAUCCUGAACCCAGCUGCCAUCCCUGAGGGUCAAUUCAUCGACAGCCGGAAGGGAGCAGAGAAACUGUUGGGCUCUUUGGACAUCGAUCACAACCAGUACAAAUUUGGGCACACUAAGGUGUUUUUCAAGGCGGGUCUGCUGGGUCAACUGGAGGAGAUGCGGGAUGAGCGCCUUUCGCGCAUUAUCACUCGCAUCCAGGCCCAGGCCCGGGGCCAACUCAUGCGCAUCGAGUUCAAGAAGAUUAUGGAGCGCAAGGAUGCUUUGCUUGUGAUUCAGUGGAACAUCCGUGCUUUCAUGGGGGUGAAGAACUGGCCGUGGAUGAAGCUCUUCUUCAAGAUCAAGCCCCUGCUGAAGAGUGCGGAGACGGAGAAGGAGAUGCAGACCAUGAAGGAGGAAUUCGGGAGGCUGAAAGAAGCCCUGGAGAAAUCAGAGACGCGGAGGAAGGAGCUGGAGGAAAAGAUGGUGUCCCUCCUGCAGGAAAAGAAUGACCUGCAGUUGCAAGUCCAGGCUGAGCAAGACAACCUGAACGACGCCGAAGAGCGCUGCGACCAGCUGAUCAAGAACAAGAUCCAGCUGGAGGCCAAGGUGAAAGAGUUGACCGAGCGGAUGGAGGACGAGGAGGAGAUGAAUGCCGAGCUGACGGCCAAGAAGCGGAAACUGGAGGAUGAGUGCUCCGAGCUCAAGAAGGACAUUGACGACCUGGAGCUGACCCUGGCAAAGGUGGAGAAAGAGAAGCACGCCACGGAGAACAAGGUGAAGAACCUCACGGAGGAAAUGGCCGGCUUGGAUGAGAUCAUCGCCAAGCUUACCAAGGAGAAGAAAUCCCUGCAGGAAGCCCAUCAGCAGGCUUUGGACGACCUCCAAGUUGAGGAAGACAAAGUCAACACGCUCACCAAAGCCAAACUCAAGCUGGAACAGCAAGCCGACGACUUAGAAGGCUCCCUGGAACAGGAGAGAAAGAUCCGGAUGGACUUGGAGCGGGCCAAGAGGAAGCUGGAGGGAGAUUUGAAGCUGACGCAAGAGAACAUCAUGGACUUGGAGAACGACAAGCAGCAGAUGGAGGAGAAACUGAAAAAGAAAGAGUUCGACAUCAACCAGCAGAACAGCAAGAUCGAAGACGAGCAGGCCCUGGCCUCACAGCUGCAGAAGAAACUGAAGGAACUGCAGGCGCGGAUCGAGGAGCUGGAGGAGGAGCUGGAGGCCGAGCGCACGUCCCGGGCCAAGGUGGAGAAGCAGCGCUCCGAGCUGUCCCGGGAGCUGGAGGAGAUCAGCGAGCGGCUGGAGGAGGCGGGCGGCGCCACCUCGGUGCAGGUGGAGAUGAACAAGAAGCGGGAGGCCGAGUUCCAGAAGAUGCGGCGCGACCUGGAGGAGGCCACGCUGCACCACGAGGCCACGGCGGCCACCCUGCGCAAGAAGCACGCCGACUCGGUGGCCGAGCUGGGCGAGCAGAUCGACAACCUGCAGCGCGUCAAGCAGAAGCUGGAGAAGGAGAAGAGCGAGUUGAAGUUGGAGCUGGACGACGUGGGGUCCAACGUGGAGCAGCUGCUGAAAGCCAAGGUGAAUUUGGAGAAAAUGUGCCGUACAACAGAGGACCAAUCUGCAGAUUAUCGGGCCAAGCUUGAGGAGACCCAGCGGACCCUCAACGACACCAACACACAGAAAGCCAAGCUCCUGACAGAAAAUGGAGAACUGGCCCGGCAGCUAGAAGAAAAAGAGGCUCUCGUUUCUCAGCUCACACGAGGGAAACAGUCGUACACGCAACAAAUGGAGGAUCUGAAGAGGCAACUAGAGGAGGAGGCCAAGGCCAAGAACGCCUUGGCGCAUGCGCUCCAGUCGUCCCGCCAUGACUGCGACCUGCUGAGGGAGCAGUAUGAGGAGGAGACGGAGGCCAAAGCGGAGCUCCAGCGCCUCCUCUCCAAGGCCAACUCUGAGGUGGCGCAGUGGAGGACCAAGUACGAGACCGACGCCAUCCAGAGGACAGAGGAACUGGAGGAGGCCAAGAAGAAGCUGGCGCAGCGGCUGCAGGACGCCGAGGAGGCGGUGGAGGCCGUGAACGCCAAGUGCUCCUCGCUGGAGAAGACCAAGCACCGGCUACAGAACGAGAUCGAAGACCUCAUGGUGGACGUGGAGCGCUCCAACGCGGCCGCGGCAGCCCUGGACAAGAAGCAGAGGAACUUUGACAAGAUCCUCGCCGAGUGGAAGCAGAAGUAUGAGGAGUCCCAGGCGGAGCUGGAGGGGUCGCAAAAGGAGUCGCGUUCACUCAGCACCGAGCUCUUCAAGCUGAAGAACGCCUACGAGGAGUCCCUGGAGCACCUGGAGACCUUGAGAAGGGAGAACAAGAACCUGCAGGAGGAGAUAUCUGAUCUCACUGAACAGCUGAGCGAGGGCGGCAAAAACUCGCACGAGCUGGAGAAGGCGCGGAAGCAGCUGGAGGCCGAGAAGAUGGAGUUGCAGGCCGCUCUGGAAGAGGCUGAGGCCUCUCUGGAGCACGAGGAAGGCAAGAUCCUCCGGGCCCAGCUGGAGUUCAACCAGAUCAAGGCCGACAUUGAGCGCAAGCUGGCCGAGAAGGACGAGGAGAUGGAGCAGGCCAAGCGGAACCAACUGAGGAUGGUGGAGUCGCUUCAGGCGUCCCUGGACGCCGAGACCCGCAGCCGCAACGAGGCGCUGAGGGUCAAGAAGAAGAUGGAGGGCGACCUCAAUGAGAUGGAGAUCCAGCUCAGCCAAGCCAACCGGGUGGCGUCUGAGGCGCAGAAACACCUCAAGAUUGCUCACGCCCACCUCAAGGACAGCCAGAUCCAAUUGGACGACGCCCUGCGUGCCAAUGAGGACCUGAAGGAGAACAUCGCCAUUGUGGAAAGGCGGAACACCCUGCUACAGUCCGAGCUCGAAGAGCUGCGCAGCCUGGUGGAGCAGACGGAGCGUGGCCGGAAGCUGGCUGAGCAGGAGUUGCUCGAGGCCAGCGAGCGAGUGCAGCUGCUCCACUCCCAGAACACCAGCCUCAUCAACCAAAAGAAGAAGAUGGAGUCCGAUCUUUCCCAGCUGCAAACAGAGGUGGAGGAGGCCGUGCAGGAGUGCAGGAACGCCGAGGAGAAGGCCAAGAAAGCUAUCACCGACGCGGCCAUGAUGGCGGAGGAGCUGAAGAAGGAGCAGGACACCAGCGCGCACCUGGAGAGGAUGAAGAAGAACAUGGAGCAGACCAUCAAGGACCUGCAGCUGCGGCUGGAUGAGGCCGAGCAGCUGGCCCUGAAGGGGGGCAAGAAGCAGCUCCAGAAGCUGGAGGCCCGGGUGCGAGAGCUGGAGAACGAGCUGGAGCUGGAGCAGAAGCGCAACGCCGAGAGCGUCAAGGGCAUGCGCAAGUGCGAGCGGCGCAUCAAGGAGCUCACCUACCAGACUGAGGAGGAUAAGAAAAACUUGCUGAGACUCCAAGAUUUGGUGGACAAGCUACAGCUGAAGGUCAAGGCCUAUAAGAGACAGGCGGAAGAAGCGGAGGAGCAGGCCAACACCAACCUGGCCAAGUUCCGGAAGGUCCAGCACGAGCUGGACGAAGCGGAGGAGCGGGCUGACAUUGCCGAGUCCCAGGUCAACAAGCUGAAGGCCAAGAGCCGUGACGUGGGCGGAAAGAAACUUCACGAUGAAGAGUGAGGCGGUUUGGAACUCCCGGGCUGAGCUGACGCAGCGUUUAGUCUCUGGCCCCUUCCUCUGAAUAUACAAUGUAGCGUGAACGUAGUGUA